AUGGAUAUUCGAGAUGCUCUGGCCAAGUGUGAAGACCCGACCUUGGGCUGGAGCCUUCAAUUCUGGGUCACGAUUGCAGAUCCACAGACUCAGAAUGUUUUCUUUGCCUGUCCUGCGACCGGCCAAUGCAGUUGGGAUCCGCCCAUCGGUGCCAUGAUCGUACCCCGGAUGCCAGAAGGCGAAUGGUGGGAGCUUGCCGAUGCGAGCCGAGGCAAUCGGUGCUAUUACUACAACACCGUGACUAGCAAGACCCAAUGGUCUCGUCCUAAGGACGGAGCAUUCGUGAUCCCAUUGGGCUUGAUUCAGCGCAAUGCGCUUCCAAAGAAACCCAAUCAUUCAAGUGGGCACCUAGAGCGUUCACCUGAUCCAUUUGGUGACUCUAUAGACCAGACGCCUCCAAACCGCCCCACAAAGUCUCGAGCUCCCGCCUCCCCACCAGUCCGUCCUGAGAGACAAUCAUCCCCACAACGUCCCUUUCCAAAUUCUCAUCCGACUGAGCCCCCUCUUUCCCCUCGGAGAAGUGUUCCGCCAUCUCCGUCCCCUAACACCUCCUCCGAUAACACGGAGCACCUAUCCGAAGACCCUGUGGACCAUGGAUUCCCCUCUGAGCCUUCUCAAUCUACCGUGGCCUCCUCGUCCAUCCUUCGGACACCCCUGAGUGUCGUGUAUGAGUCAGCGCCGAAAGAGACCGAGGCGAAUGAUCCAGGCUCGCCGACCAAGGGUGCCAAUGGAUAUGCAGCGGUGUCAAGGGAUCUUUGGUCCGGUAAAGAUCGUUCUGCGCACGAGGACAGAGACAAAGGUAGGCAGGCUUCUCUAGAGAUUUCCCCGCCCAUUGUGACAGACGGGACUAUUCCACGGCAACCUGAAAUAACAGAACCGAUCCAAGUCAGUGCAAUGAGGACCAAGAGACUGAGCACAGGACUUCACCCCCUGCUCCCCACUUCUAUCAGUGACGAAAUCCAAGCCUUUCAAAAGGAAGACUUUGCUUCGAAGUACUUUGCGGUGAAACGGUCUGGCAUGCUUCGAUCUCGCGUUCCAUUCGACGAGAUCAUGCAAUGGCAAAAGCAGCCUAUCAGUGCACCGCUCUUGGUCAUCUCCCGAUCUCUGACAAAGGACGCCAUUAUCACGUUCAAGGUCAUUCAACACGUCAUGGGAGAGCGGGACAGACCGGUGGAACAUGCCAAACCCAGUCCCUCAACUGCGAAUGCCAUCAAUGCUGCUUCGGCCUCGAAGGUGCGUGCCAAGAAGGACACUGGUGCGUAUCUUGUCAAGAUGCCAGCACUCGCCUUCUCCCGCGGAAAUGGGUCAAAGCCCGACAUGUCGAUCGCUCAAAACGUCAAUGGCCAUUCGAAAGUUCAUGGGGUCGAGGUGCAGGAUGACAAGACUAUUGUACUUGAGGAGAUUCGCUGGGUGUUGCAGCUUGCUGUCGGGACUGGUGAAAUGAGGGAUGAGGUCUACUCGCAACUGGUCAAGCAGUUGACUCGAAAUCCACAUCAAAACGCUAUGAUAAUGGGUUUCCAGUUAUUCUGCAUACUAGUCAAUUCGUUCACGCCGAGCAAGAACUUUGAACCAUUCGUCAAGCGGUUCCUGGAGAACGAUGCUCGAGGAACGGAUGGCAUCAGCAGAAUGGCGCAGUACUGCCUCACCAGACUACAAUACAUGACCAAGCGUGGAUCACGGUGCAAGACCUUGACCAUUGGCGAAAUCGAGCAUGCAGCAGAUGCUGCUUUUUAUCCAUCGGUGUAUGGCGAAUCGCUGGACCAGAUUAUGGCUCUACAAGCUCCGACCUAUCCAGAUCUCCAAAUUCCGGUGAUUCUCCCAUUCCUGUCUGAUGGGAUCCUCGCCCUGGGCGGACUUGAACAGGAGGGUAUCUUCCGUGUCCCUGGAGACAAUGACUCAGUUUCAGAACUCAAGUCGCGAAUGGACAGAGGGCAUUACGUCUUGAGCGGCAUUGACGACCCGCAUGUUACGGCGUCGUUGCUCAAAUUAUGGCUUCGAGAUCUUCGAGACCCAGUCAUCCCUGAAGACAUGUACGACGAUGCGCUGAUCGCUUCCAAGACGCCCUCGCAGACGCUGGCAUUCAUAGACCGUCUGCCUCUGCUCAAUCGCCGAGUCCUCAUGUUCGUGAUCAGCUUUUUCCAGCUGUUUCUCAAUCCAGAGGUGAUAGACAAGACUAAAAUGACCAUCGUCAAUCUGUCUUUGGUACUUGCGCCGAAUCUCUUGCGAACGACUUCGGAUCAACUGGUCACUGUCUUCACCAAUUCCGCGUUCGAGAGCAAGUUCGCUCUUCACCUGUUGGAGCAUCUCGACACGCAGAGUGCGGACCCGGAAUAUCGUCCCGUUCAUGGAGAUGCUUGA